AUGGAAAGCAGAGAGGAGAUGGUGAUGCUGGCGGAGGGAGGAGGAGGUCAGCUUGGCAAGAGUGGCUCUAGUUUGUCGGGAGAACCGCAGGGGAAGCCGGGACACCGGAGCUGUCUGAGCCCCGGAGCAGCGCCCUACUCCCGCAGAGCAGAGGCGGUGGUAGUGAUGGAGGAGAGCGCACCACGGAGGAAUAUGUGCGCCGAUGCGAGGCCAGUUGGCACGUCUUCUUCUUCCUCCGGAGAGAGACACCGGAGUGAUCAUCAUCAUCAUCCCAUGCACAAAGACGGCAGCAGCUCAGACACAGAGUCGGACUUCUACGAGGAAAUUGAUGUCAGCUGCACGCCUGAAAGCAUGGACUACCCGACAGCUAAAGGUCGAAAUGGAGAUUCUCCAGGUCACCCGAGUGAGUCUGGUACUGACCCGGGAAACAUCGUCCCGGGUCAGGGUUCUCUGUCCUACUCAGCGGAUCAGAUCCGCCGGUACCGGACAGCGUUCACCCGGGAGCAGAUCGGCCGGCUGGAGAAGGAGUUUUACCGGGAGAACUACGUGUCCAGGCCGCGGAGAUGCGAGCUGGCGGCCGCCUUAAAUCUACCUGAAACCACAAUCAAGGUGUGGUUUCAGAAUCGCAGGAUGAAAGACAAGCGUCAGCGUCUGGCCAUGACGUGGCCUCACCCAGCCGACCCGGCCUUCUACACCUACAUGAUGAGCCACGCUGCCGCCACCGGCAACCUGCCAUACCCGUUCCCAUCACACCUGCCGCUACCUUACUACUCCCACCUGGGUGUUGGUGUUGGAGGAGCAGCUCCUGCAGCUACACCUUUCUCCAACCCCCUGCGCUCCCUGGACAGUUUCCGGAUGCUGUCUCACCCUUACCAGAGGCCAGAGCUGCUGUGCGCCUUCAGGCACCCCUCCCUGUACCCGGGUCCGACCCACGGCCUCGGUCCUGGAGGCAGCCCCUGCUCCUGCCUGGCCUGUCACUCAAGUCAAAGCAAUGGGCUCUCAACCAGCAGGCCAUCCGCCUCGGACUUCGCAUGCUCACCAACAAGCAGGACUGACGCUUUUGUCACUUUCACACCUUCAGUGCUCAGCAAAUCCUCAUCUGUGACAUUAGACCAGAGGGAAGAAGUGCCUCUGACCAGAUAAAACCAAAAACAGCUCUUGUUCUAUAUAUAAGCCUUUUACCAUAAUUAAACAUAUUAUAUGAUCAGGACUGAAACAGCAUGAAGAAGGCAGCCUGUAAACCAGUGAAAGCCAUCUUAAAAACUUGGGUGCAAGAUAAUUAGCCAGAUCUUCAGCUGACGCACAAAUGGAUCUCCCAUUACUGAGAAAAAAACACCCCCACUGCAGAGCCAGGACAGUGGGGCUGAAAUAUGACGUCAUGGACACAAAACCACAUUUGAUUUUUUAGAAGAUUAAUUUGAUGUUUGAGAGAGAGAGAAGGGGGGAAACGUUUAAAUCUUACGUGAUAGAUUGUGCUAAGGUUUUUUGACCAGAUAAAACCAAAACAGACUCAGCUCUUGUUCUAUAAAAUAAGCCUUUUACCAUAACCUAUAACAUAUUAUAUGAUCAGGACUGAAACAGCAUGAAGAAGGCAGCCUGUAAACCAGUGAAAGCCCUCUUAAAAACUUAGGUGCAAGAUUGUAGUGACAGCUUGCCCUAAAAUGUCCUCUCCACUUCUAGCAGGAUGUAAACGUUUAUGAUAGACUACCAUGUCCAACUUCCACUUUUGCCUUCUGCAGACACUCACUCCUUUGAUCAGCUUCAAAGAUGAGGCUCGAAUAUUGAGAGAAAAGUUUAUUCCAACGAAAAUUAAAACAAACAAAAAAUAUAUCCACAUGACAAAUCUUGGACUAUCAAAAACGGACUAAUUCUGCUGGAAAAUAACUGAAUCUGUGAUCUACAAUUUAAAAUUGUUGCUCCCCAUCCUGCUCCACUGAAGCCUAACUAGCAUUAACCAUACUUAAAGGGACACGCCCACAUUGUCCAAUUGCAGGACGACUAGAGGAGCACAUCUUAACAGGGCAAAACAUUGAGUCUAUGUAGAUCAGAGCCCAUUCUAUUACACGACUAACUGACCUAAAUUCUAAUGUAUGUCAU